CAAUGGAUUUAAAAAAAAUACCAUUCAAGCAUAUUCUACUGUCAUUUUAUGCAGUUUCCUUUUACUGUAUUUUGGAAAGCAAUUUUGGAUUUUAUGGAAAGAUAGGUGCUGUUACUUUAUAAUUUUUGCUUAUGUGGUCACACUAUUAAAUUGUAUCGACGCAUCCUGGACCAAUAACAAUUACUAAAACUCCUAUUGAAUUAAUGGAAGAAAACAAUUGGAAUAUCAAUGCUAUUAAAAAAAAUGAAAGAUUUUUGGUUCAUAAAUGUACGAAAUGCAACAAUAAUUGGAAACCACCAAAGACCCAUCAUUGCUAGACUUGUGAUAUAUGCGUACAUUACAGAGAUCAUCAUUGUGCUUGGUUUAAUUGUUGUGUAGGCUACAAGAAUUUAAAAUACUUUUGCCAAUUUUUGAUGUACUUUAUGAUUAUAAUAAUUAUACAUGGGACUUUAUGUGCAAUUUGGAUUUGGCAAAAAAUUUAUCAAAUUCAUAAAGAUGGAUUAAUAAAUUUCUAAUUGUCUUCCCUUGGCGCUUUGUUUCCCUUAAAUGAGGUUAUAACAAAACUAUUUGAAACAUUUAUUUUUUUUGGAGGUUAUUUCGUAGCUUGUUAAUUAUUGAUAGAUAAAUUUGAUUAAAUACCAGAUUUGACUACUUAUAAUGAAUAAAAAGCAAAUAAAUAUUCAUAUUUUAGAGCCUCCGGUCAAAAAUUAAUAAGACUUCUCGGAGAAAACUAUAUCUAUUGGAUUUUGCCAAUUCCUAAUAAACUAAACCUCAACUACUUAGAACUUACCUAUCCUAAAGUUACAGCUGGAGAACAAUUUCUUGACUAUCAUCUGGAUAUGAAGGACAAAGAUAGCUAUUUUUUUUACAAAAUUUUUGAACUAAAAUGA